AUGAUUUUAUACCCGCACAAGUAUUUCCCCCACACGGUAAAAUGCAUGCUGGCGGCUCACAUUUACAGUUUCCCCGUGGAACUGUGCGACGACUUUUUCUACACACGGAGUUUUGACAUUGAGAAAAGUCUCGUAGUGAAUAACAAGCCUCUGUUGGUGUACGAAAACAAUUACGUGAGUUCAACCAAGGCAAUAUGUUUCCUGUUGCAUCGGUUACGCAAUGCGGAAAGUAAAAAGUGCCUUGACAAUAAGCUACGGCUGUACAUGUCAUGGGUAGAAUGGAGUGAUCUGUUCGAGAAGCACAUAGAAGUGCUGAACAAGAAGAAAAUAAUUGACAGUCUAGAUGAGCUCGAGAGUUAUUUAAAGGAAAAUCAAAAUAAAAAUUUCAUAUGUAGCUCGGGACAAGAUUCUGAAGGGGGCAAUAAUGACCAGAUGACGUUAGCCGAUAUUUUUGUAUACAUCUCUCUAACCCAUUGCAAUAUAGAAGUGUGCCCAGAGAGUUGGGUACACAUAAGUGAAUAUAUACAAAAGAUAAAUCAGGUGGAGGAUGUGCAGAAGAUUUUAAAAGACGUAGAACAUAUUUACAAAUAUAAAAAUAUUUAUAAUUUAUUUAUUUCCAAAAUUCACGAGAAGAAUAUUAACUCUUAUUUGAAAAAUGAAAAAUUUUACAUAACUACAGCAAUUAAUUAUGUGAAUGGGGACCCACACAUUGGUCAUGCUUACGAAAUAGUUUUGGCGGAUGCCAUAGCUAGGUAUCAUAAGAAUAUAGGGAGGAGGGUUUUUUUCACCACAGGUGCUGAUGAGCACGGAAUGAAGAUUGCAAAUCAGGCUUCAAGAAAUAAUAUCACUCCACAAGAAUUGUGUGAUAGAAAUGUACUUAAAUUUAAAGAGUUAAAUAAAUUAUUACAUGUAGAUGAGGACUACUAUGUGCGAACAACUUGUGAUAAGCAUAAAAAGAUUGCACAAGAAAUUUGGUCCAAGUGUGAAAAGAAUGAAGAUAUUUAUUUGGGUGAAUAUGAAGGGUGGUAUAAUGUGCGUGAGGAGACAUAUGUCCCCGAGAACGAAGCGAAAUUAAUGAAUUAUAGGGACCCCCUGAAUAAUAUAAAAUUAGAAAAAAUGAAAGAAUCAUCCUACUUUUUUAAAAUGUCAAAAUAUCAGCAAAGGUUAAUCGAUUAUAUACUUGAGAAUCCUCAAUUUAUUCAACCUGAACAAAAGAGGAACGAAAUUUUACAGAGAUUAAAGGAACCUUUGGCAGAUCUGUCCUGUAGUAGGACGAAAUUUUCCUGGGGAAUUCCCGUGCCCAGUGACAACAAGCAUGUUAUGUAUGUAUGGAUGGAUGCUUUGAUAAAUUAUUAUUCUAAUUGCUUCAUUGUGGAGGGGAAGGAGAAUUUUUGGCCAGCAGAUGUUCACCUGAUCGGAAAAGAUAUUGUGUGGUUUCACACAGUUAUUUUUCCCACAAUUCUCAUGUCCGUGAAUUUGGAUUUACCAAAGAGUGUAUUUUGCCAUGGCUUUGUCUUAUCAGGGGAUGGAAAAAAAAUGUCCAAGUCAUUAGGGAAUGUGAUAAACCCCGUGGAAAUAAUUGAAGCAUAUGGGUCAGAUGCUUUUCGCUUCCAUGUCAUUAAGGAAACCAAGAAAGGAUUCGACAUGCGCUUCGAUAUUGAUAAUUUGGUAGACAUGUGUAAUUCUGAUUUAGCGGACACGAUUGGAAAUUUAGUCCAGAGGACAUUAUCCCUUUGUCAGCUAUCAAAUGAGUCUAAGAUCCCUCCCCUUUUUGAAGAGUAUAAUAUUGAUUUGCCCUUCAGUUUGCUACAUUUUAUAAACCGAGUGGAAUUUCAUAUGCAGACUUAUUGUGUCCAAGUGUGUUGUGAGAAAACAGUACAUGUGUGUAAAGAUUUAAAUAAGUUCCUUACCGAGUUGGCUCCAUGGAAAUAUACAAAUGAAGAGCAAAAUAAAAAAUUACACAUCAUUAGGAUCAUGAUGGAAGCUAUUUAUUUAAUUGCCCAUUAUUUGGAUAUUUUUAUUCCCUCCAUUGCUUCUCAAAUUUUUCAAAAAUUAAAUACCCCCAAGAAAAGCAUUGUUGAUUUGAACCCCUGGUUGAAUAAUCUUCAAGAAGGGGCAUACAUUAAUAAUGAUCAUAUUUUAUUUAAAAAAUUCGAAGUGGAAAGUGCCCAGAUAAAAAUUCAAAAGGUCAUCAUGCGUGUGUGUAAAAUUGUGAGUAUUGUCAAGGCGGAAGAAAGUCAAAAAGGGGCGACCAUUUUUGAAAUUGAGGUCGAUGACAAUGAGAAGCACCUCGCUGUCCUCUACCUGCCCACACCUCCCAACUGCAUCAAUAUGUUCACUGCUGCGAUUAUGAAUAUAAAGCCCAUCACCAUUAACAACAUCACCGUUAAUGCUAUCAUCCCUCAUGUGAACAAGGAAGUGUUUACAUUUGAGAGGGAGACGCAUAUACAGACGGGCACAUUAAUUAAGGCCAAGAAUUACAAAACGCUUGUAAAGCAGCGGGACAAUUUAACCAAGAAGGAGGUCAACUCCUUGGAGCUCUCCAUUAUUAAUGGUCAUUGUUUUUUCGAGAAGACCGUGCCCUUGGUUUUCGCCUCAUCUGAGGACAUGCCCUUGUACCACUCGACGCAGAGCAGCGGGCCCCUCAAGUUUUUUUGA